AUGGAAGUCAUGCUGGAAGUAAUUAUAAUCAACUUGAAGACGUUCACAGAUCUUUCGCUAUCCAGUGUCCAUAGUUGUGAUGAACAAUGUAUAAACAGGAGCUGCUUCUGCUGGUAUGAUAAUUUUCCAAUAUGCAAAACAAUAGCUAAUGCUGGAACGGGUCGGCGAAAGAAUAUCAAUAAUAAUAUACCAAUUUACGAGCCUUACUUACCAAAUAUUAAAAAUAUUAUAUUUUUUAACUGUUCAACGUAUGAAUGUAAAUAUAUAAAAGUACACUCUAUAACACAAAUAGCUGCACCAAAUUCGUCCCUCUACUAUUGCUAUCUAGAAACUCCAGAAAAUUAUAAAUGUGAUUCCCUAAAGUAUUAUAAUUACAAAAACGUAGACAAACUAUUAUUCCUAUCAAAUAACUUGCCCAAUAAAUUGUUUUAUUUGAUCGAUUGCUUAGCGUAUUCCGACGGUGGGCGAGUAUGCCAUAAGAAGGACGAAGUUGAUUCACACACUAAAUUGGUAGAUAUUGGGAACAUAGCGAGGCCAAACGAGUCUAAUAUUUUGUCCCAAGAGGAAUUCAUAUGUGAACAGAGUGAUGCAAAAGUAAUUAAUUGUGAUCAUGAUAGAUAUGUGCCUUACCCCGAUGGCUUAAAAUUAAAGAAAUCUAUGGAUAUUGAUAAAAAGAUACUUUUGAAAACAGGUGGCAACUUGGUAACAUUGAGUUAUAAGUGCGUUGACUCUUGGUGUGGAUACAGCGGAGAUAUAGCACCUACGCGUAGAGUCGAAAGAUACGAACCGCCUGGCGGCAAAGUUUAUCGAUGUUAUUAUGCCAAAAAACAGCAAAUCUGUAAAGAAUUAUAUGGGAGAGCCAUAAACGUUUAUAACGCGCGUGAUUGGUUAAGUUCA